UUCUGUGGUAGAAGUGAAGUGAAUCGGCCAAUUAAAUUUCAUUAUAUAGACGCAAAACAUGGGAAUUCCAGCUUUUGCAAUUAUUAAGACACAACAUUAAAAAAAGUCAUUACCAAACGAUUGGAGCACAUUUCGUGACUUUAGGUAGCUAGCGAUCUUGGUGGCACAACUCAGCUGGUAGAGUGUUGUUUACUUGUGUUGAUUGUUGGAAAGAAAAGUGCGAUGGCUGCUGGUUGUUGUGGUACCAAAAAGCAAAAAUUGAAUAAUUCUUCUAGUAUUCCAUCCUGCAAUGGAUCCUCUGUUAUGCCGAAUGGUAUCAGCAAUGGCUUGGGAACUGUCGCGUUACCAGAAAUGUGUUUCUUUUGUUUUGAUGUUCUUUAUAGUCAUUUAUAUAACCUCGCUCCUCCAAAGAACCCAUCGUUUAGUAACGAUGCAUACCCUUUAUUUGUGACAUGGAAAAUAGGUAAAGAUAAACGACUGCGAGGAUGUAUAGGAACAUUUAAUGCAAUGAAUCUCCAGUCGGGAUUAAGAGAAUAUGCUAUUACAAGUGCUGUAAAAGACUCUAGAUUUAGUCCAAUAACUCGUGACGAAUUUCCAAAACUGAGUGUUUCAGUGUCAAUUUUGAGACAUUUUGAAGAUGGUGAUGAUUAUUUAGAUUGGCAAGUCGGUAUUCAUGGAAUAAGAAUUGAGUUUAUAAAUGAGAAGGGGAAUAAAAGGACUGCUACUUAUUUACCAGAAGUAGCUUCAGAACAAGGUUGGGAUCAGCUGCAAACCAUAGACUCUCUUUUACGUAAAGGAGGCUACAAAUCAGUGAUAUCUAGCGAAGUGCGUCGUACAAUAAAAUUAACUCGUUAUCAAAGUGAAAAGAUAACAGUGACUUAUCAAGAGUAUAUGAACCAUUGGAACAAUCAAAGAUGCUAGCAGUUAGUGUGGGGGUGUCCCAUAGUACCACCCCCACAUCUACCGCCUCCGCAAACAUCAUCUUACACCGCAGUGCCCACAUUAUUAAUGCUGCAGCCUCCACUUCCGAUUCCGACCUACGGGCCUCCUGUGAUGGGGCCGCCUGCCCAUACUACACUGCCCAUGUGGUGGGACAGCUAUCCAGGUUCUUCUUAUCGACAAGAAAUGCCUGGGUUGUCAACACCCGAAUCUCAGUAUAAUGUCUAUCAUAAUUUUUUCCAUAAACAAAAGUGACCAAUCAGUUGUUAGACCAGUUGGUGGAUGGAAAGAACGUAUUUCCAAAUGAAUUUAUUAUUUCUAUUCAUUAUGAAUCAAAUCAGAUUUGUAUUAGCAAAUUACGUGAUUCGUCCUACGCCCUUUGAUAAAUUAAUAUUGGUAUGCAUAAGAUUAGAAACAUUCGGUGCCUUCCCAUAUUAAAAAAAAAGGUAAUACAUACAGGGUAUUUCUAAAUUCCUGCCAUUGAAGAGGUAUGAAAUUAUAAUGAGUCUUUCCUAUAACAAAAUACCCUCAGUCCGAAAUAUCACCCUUAAAAGGUAGAGACUAAAUUUUUUCUAUAUUGCUAUUGGUUUUGGGAAAAAUUUACAGUUGUAUAUUUGGGUAUGAUGAUAUAUACAAUACGGGUUAUCCCGUUCCAAAGGCAAAAAUUUCAGAAAAAAACAAUACAAACUAUAUUUCAGUCGCCACCUUUCAAGGGUGAUAUCGUGGAAAGGGAAGUGGGUUGAGGAAAUUUUAAUUUCAUCACCUCCUGAAUAUUGUCGCAUGAAUUUAGAAACACUCUGUAUAAUUAAUGCUAAAUCUACGAAAUUGAUGGACGUUUCUAAAAAAAACAGAUUUUUGUGGUUCUAUAUAUAUAUAUAUAUAUAUAUAUAUAUAUAUAUAUAUAUAUAUAUAUAUUGGUCUUUCAAAUUCAUAAUAAUUGACUAAUUUUGCUAAUACUAUUUAUGAGUGCUUUUAGUCCUGUUCUGUAAGUAAUAUUAAUACUUACAUAUCCGUAUCUUAUAAUUCUAACUGUACAUAUUCUGCAAUGCUGAUUGCCAUUUUUUAUACAUUUCAGUUACAUAUUUAAUGAUCUUCUUACCAGGUGUUUCAUGAGGGUAUCAGUCCAUCUUGCCCUAGUUCCUUUAUCGAUCUAUUUUUAUACACACUGUAUGAUAUCCAUACCAAUUAGGCUGUUUCGUGUUAAUUUUUUCUGUUGAUUCUUGUUACUUUCUUAAUAUUUUUAUUUCGCUAUGUAUACUUGGAUUUUCAAGAAUUUCUUUCUUUAAAAUAAUUUUCCAUUGCUCAUUGAUAUCCUCAACAAUUAAUUUUAUUUUAUCUUCCAAUGUUUCCAUAUUCUACUGGUAUUUACAAUUUGAAGCACUCAAGGUCUUCUGUACUCCCAUACUUAUGGUAAUAUCCCUUUUCAAUUAACUAUAGUGGAUUUUCCAUACGGGCCAUACAAGCUUUAGUACCAUGACAUGAUGUUAUGUACCAUGUUAUCAUGUAUAAUAGAACUCUUGUCUGUGUUGUAGAAAUUUGUUUCCAAUAAAGUUCUUUUUUUAUCACUCCGUUAUCCCGAAGUCGAAAUUUCUGGAACCGUUGGUGAUACUGAACACACUGGUUACACUACCGGUACACCAACAUCACAAUUACACUGAAGUUAAACUAAAACCUAAUAACUUGACUUAGCUGCUUUAUACUGAAUUUUCCCGCCAACAAAUCUUCUCCCGCGAAAAUUGAUUCCAGCGGGAAAACGUCCUUGGCGGGAAUCAAGUUAUCAGUUUUUAGUUUACCUUCAGUCUCUGAAGGUUAUCGAAACGCGCGCCAGAAAGUAUAAUUGUGAGUGUUGGUGUAGUCGUCAAGUGUUGUAUAAAGUCGAGAGUCUUCAAUCAGUGGGACCAUAUCUUCAAAACACUGGUAUAUUUUCAACUUACACAUUCAUUAUGAUUACUGACAUCUGACACCGCGUUUGUCAGUAAGAAUAUUGAUAGAAAUGUCACUGUUAACAACUAUAUGUGUGUCUAUAUGAGGCGUGGCAUCGCAAAACUCACUAUAUCCAUUUUUGUAAUAUUUUCAGAAUUCACGAAAAACUGUUAUCUGGGUUAAUCAGCAACAAAUAAGUAAUUACUUUUUUCCAAACCCAUCCAUCACAUCUAAAUAGCGAUUCUGACAAGAAAAUUUAAACGGGGUCGCUGAAUUUUUUUAAUUAUAGCACUUCAAAGUUCGGAAAAAGUGAGUUUUGCUGCGAAACUGUGGAUAUAGAUAUUUUUGCACCGUCAUUAGAUGGAUAUAGCAAUUUUUGCACUUACACAACUGAAAAUGUAUUAAUGCAAAAAUGUAACACAUGAUUGUUAAAUUUGAAGGGAAAAUAUAUAAAUAAAUAAGUCAUUGAACAAAGUUAAGUUUAUUGAACAAAAGAAUUUUUUUUUUAAAUAAUUUUUACAGUAUAAAAGCACUUAAAAAAUACCAGCAGAAUAAAAAUUGAUAAAUUUGAUUAUUGAUAAAAGUUCUAAACUCUUACUGCAUGAUCCUCCUCAUGACCUUCACAUUCACACUCAUCUUCAAGUCCUAAAUUGUUAGAAACUAUUGCAUGAUCAAAAACGGUUUUAUAAAAAUUGCAUUCUUCUAAAUCGCGCCACUCAUUUCCAAAGUGCUUGAUAAUAAUUGUCGAAUAUCAUUGAUCUUGGCUAGUUUCACAGGAUUUCCUUGUGGGAUUACUACAGGUAGUUUAAGUUUUGAUAGGUUGAUACCCUUCUUAGAAACACUCUUGAAUUGGCCUACAUCUGAAUUGAAGAAAGGCUCUCCAGCUAUUAAUAUAUUAUUUCGGGAAGAUUUCUUGAAUAAAAAGCGUUUUGCUUCAUUAAAUUGGAAAUGCCAACUAGCAGGCCUCUUGAAGUAAGCAGCAUUGAAACUUCUCUAGUCAUACACUUCAACUUCUUCUCCCAGUUUGAAAACUGUGCAAUGUUCAGAAAAAAUUGAGUGGUACUCAGAAGGUUGAAUAAUAACCGGGAGACGUCUGAGUUUUUUUUUUUUUCUAUUAAAGCGAAGACUCUAUCGGGUGGUAAAAAAGAGUGUCCGGUAAUAGGAAACACCAGUUCAAUCGACUUAAUGUUGAUUGGAGACGCAUUGCAAAAAAAAAAAUGUUAACAUUAUCGAAUUUCGGUUCUGUCCUCCACAUCCAUCAGCACAAAGCCUUAUCCUUGAAUAGGAAGUCAAGUCUAAAUAUGUCAGGAGGUGAAAAACUGCCGAUGCGAUUUCGUUUGAACUUUUCCUGUGUUCAUGUUCCAUCCAAGUGUAGCAAAAUAUGUUGCCCGGUGUCAUGGGGCCUUUGGAAGAUCCCGUCACAAUGGUGAAAUUGUAAAUAUACAAUUGUCUGCUGUAAUAUGCACUUUGGUCUUGAAUUUUUGGUAAAACCAAAUUUUUUUGACAGUCAAAGGACAUAAUAAGUAGGUCGCUUUGUUCGUCUUUUAGCUUCUUAUAAAAAGCUUUGUACCUCGCUUUGUGAACAGCAUGCUCGAUAAUCAAUUUAUUUGUUUCUUGAACAUCUCGUUCCCUCUUUAUUUUCCCUUUGAGCUCAAUGCAUUUGGAACAUGCAUCAGUUAUUGGUGAACCGAACCCUAUGUUGUAUUCCUGCUCAAAAAUUUUUCUGAAAAACGUUCUCUUGGCUUUCAGUUCAUCAGGCUGCUGAUUAUUGUACAUACGCCAAAGCUUGAGCAAAUUUAGGUCUCCUGAUACGUAAUAUCUUUGGAUCGAUUAACCACGAGAGUAAUGACUUUCGACACAAGUUAGUUUUUCAAGAAAAGCCUUAACUGCUGCUCUUUUUCUUAUAUAGACCUCUUUUAAUCUAGGUCCUCCUCUCCGCUCGACCGGUAAAGUUCCAGACAGUAAAAAUUUUUUUGAGAGGAGUUUGACUCGAAACGGUGAAAUUUGUAAAAUUUUGACAAACGUAGCUUGACAAACACGAAUCAGAAAUUUUUGAGUUCCAGCUUUUCUAACAAAGUACUGGGUACUCACCGUUUUCGAUGAAACGUUUUUUUUACAGGCCGGGAUAGUUUUAUAAGAAAAGAUUGAAUAUAUUUCAAUAUAAAAGUAUCCUGCUGUAUUUUGUCUUUAUGGGCGUAAAACUGUUGGUGAAAUUCUUUGAUGUCGUUCAUCGUCAAAGUCAUGCACUUGAAUGUUGACGUCUUUUUCUUUUUGGUUAAACGAUGACCACAUGUAGGAAAAUCGGGUAGACUUUUAGGAGUAUGCCUAAAACAAUGAAAAUAACAAAUCUUGAGAAUAACUGUGAAGAAACAAUAUUAUCAUCAUUAUGUUAUACACUGUGAUUACCCCUGUCUUACCUCUCAGCUUUUUGAAGAGAUCGUUUCCAUUUUGAAGGGUCUUUUGGCGAUUUUCUUGAUUUUUUUGGUGCAGCAGGGGUCACACACAUUUCCAUGACUUAAAAAUUAAUAAUAUGAACGCUUCAAUUAUUAAAAACGAUUAAAUUAAAAGAACUUUCCAACUGCCGUCACUGUAAUCUUUUUGAGCGAUCUCAUUGGCUCAGUGGAUAUAGUUAGUACUGCAGCGUUAAUGCAGUAAAAUAUCAUGAGUUUUGGAGUGACACCCAUUUUUAUCGUCUGAAUUUAAUAGGGAUAAAAUCAUUUUUGCAACGACAACACACUGCAGUUUUUGUGAGGAACAUGCAUAGAUUCAAAUUCCACCGUUACCUUGAUAUUGGAAAAAUAUGGAUAUAGUGAGUUUUGCAAUGCCACGCCUCAUAUCUAUCUAUAUAUUUAUACAAAUAUUAUGUUGUUAUAUUCUAAUGGUACGUGUUUUUUAUUGAGUCGAAAUGCACGUUUAUUAAUUAACUUUACAAUUUUUAACAACUAACUCGUUUUACAUAUUACUGUGCCCACUAUUACUUUCGUUACUAUACAGUUUUUUCUUCUAAUUCAUUGAUCUUCUCUUCUUCUGCCAGUUUAUUUCCAAAAUAUUAAUAUGUCGUUACUCUUUUUCAAGUUUGUUCAUUUUUUCUUUGCAUAAAUAUGCUUCUAAUUAUGGUUAAUUAUGAUUUUGGUUUUAUUAAUUUUGACAUCUGUUACACUUUUUUCUAUAUCCGGAGACCAGACAUUCCUUAACUUUGAAAUUUUAUUAUUGAGGCUACAUUAUUUGAAUAUAGAUUAUUAUUACAAAAAUCAUAUUGUGGAAUGUUUAUUUUAUAGAUGUCAUAAAAUGUCUAGAGAGAAAUAUUUUUUCCUUAUUCAUAGUUUUUGUUAUAAGUCCUUAAAAUAAAAACCCAUUAAAGCUUUUUUUGUAAUACUAGUGAGUAAUUAUUUAAAGAAAAAAUUUAAACAUAUAUCAGGGAAUUUCUCUGUAAGCUCGUACAGAUCCUAUACAAUUGAUAAUUAUUUUCAACAUUUGCCAAAAAAUCGUGUUUAUUUCGAAAAAAAUUAACUAUUAUUUUUGUUAGAUAAGUAAUCCCACAGAAUUUAUUCAUAUUUUCCGAAUUAUUAACGAUUUUCCAAAAAAUCAUGAAAAGGGACUGUUUGAUACAUCAGGGGUCUGUUUUUCAACGUGUCAAGGGACUAUAAAGUGACACAAAAAACUGUUGUGUUUGGAAAAAAUUUACUAUUAUUUUAGUUAGAUAAGUGUUCCAGCCGAAUUUAUUCAUAUUUUCCUAUCUAUGAAAUCUUUUAAAGGGACUGUUUGAUACAUCAGGGGACUGUUUUUCAACGUUACAAGGGACUAUUAAGUGAAACAAAAAACUAUUGUAUUUUGAAAAAAGUCAUUUUACAUUAAUAAAAUAUUUUUUUAGCAUAUUUUCGCAUCAAUAAUUAACAAAUUUCUCUAUAAAAAAUAAUAUUCUACAAAGGUCUAGAACAAAAAGAAAUAAAUAGACUUUCCUGGAAAUAAUUUAAAAGAAAUACUGUAAAUAACCCGCCCGCUCUAAUAAAAAUUUCUAAAAUGAAACAUCAAAGGAACGUCCGCCGUUUGUAAAAACAGAUGAAAGACGUCGCGCGAAUUGCACGUAAUGAAUUGCUGCUGUCACAAUGUUCUUUUUGAUAAAAAUCUACUUUUCUUGAAAAAUAAUCUUUAUCGGCCACUCAAUUUCUGAAAUUUGUGGUCAAAAUACCGUUUGAAUGUUACCUUACGACAUAGAAAAUCAGACCAGCAGUUAAUUCUGAUGAUUGGAAGUAAAAUUUUCACAUAUUCAGUGUUUUUUCCAGGAAAUUUUAUCUUUUAAGGUUAUUUUGUACAAUAUGUAAACCGACAAAACCAUUUUUUCCUUUAUUAAUGUAUUCGCUGUAUAUUCAUUGCUCAAGUGUCUAAAUCACUUUACAUAUAGACGUGUCACAAUAAAGGGAACCAGUGCCGUAUUAAGAUUUAUAAGGCCCGGGCUAAAAUAAUGACGGGUCCCCUUAAGGAAUUCGGAAAGCAGGAAAAAAUAAAAAAAUAAUAUCAAUACGUUAGAUUUGUGGUAUCAACACAACAAAUAAUACAGAAUGUUUUCCAAAUGACUUGGGGUCCGGGGCUAUAGCCCCCCAAGCCCUCAGCUUAAUCCGGCCCUGAAGGGGCAUUAUUACAAAAAUUAUACAACUAAGCAAUUUUUUUUAAAAACAACAAAAAGAAAA